AUGAUAAUGGUAAAAUCAUUAUCAUUAUCAGCUUAUCAGCUUAUUUGUAUUCAUUUUUGGGCAGAUAAUGGUGAUGAAUGUAGCAAACAGUAUGCUGGAACUGGUGCAUUGAAGGCAGAUUAUACUAGAAUGGGAAAGCGUACCUAUGUUGGCACAAUGCAAGAUGGAAUCAAUGCUAUGAUGCGAUAUUUCAGGAAUAAUUUUGCAGAUGGAUAUCGUCAGGAUGCAAUCGACCUUUUCCUUGGGAACUAUCGUAUUGAUCCUGACAAUCUCCCAUUGAAUUUCGAAACGGCCAUAAUAAGUUUUGAUUAUCAUGGGGGUGCAAUAAUUGGAGCUAUAUUUGCUGCAACUAUGACGAUACUUUGUGUUCUAGUCGCGGGUAAUAAUUUAUUAUUAUAUUCAACGAUGAACCCAUUUUUUUUGCCUGAAAGUAUUAUUAAUGAAUUAUAA